CGCUGCCUUUACGCCGUUUGCGUAGCGUGCCCCAAGAUGGCGUCGUGGUCGUCGUUGGCGGCGGCCGGAGAGCUGGCGGCGGCGGCAGGGCUGGUGGAGCUGACGGGGGGGAUGAGGCGGGCGAGAGGCGGCAGCGUCAGCAGCGUGUAGCGGAGGCUCCCGGCGUGUGACAGACUCUCCUGGGAGGCGGGUCCCCGCUGCCGGAGACCGGCGGGUCCCACUCCCCUCAGGGCCGCCCCCCCGCCGCCUUAUUCCCCACUGGGCCUUGCGCCCCAUCCGCGGUGUCCUCCGCUCCGCCUGGGCCUAGAGCCGAGCCCCUUCCGCCUCCUCUCAGCGCCCCGGAGCCGAGCCCCCACUCAGCCCCCUCGCUGCCCCCCCUUCCCCAGAACGGAGGAUGAUGAAGCUCAAGUCCAACCAGACUCGCACCUACGACGGGGACGGGUACAAGAAGCGGGCGGCCUGCCUGUGCUUCCGCAACGAGAGCGAGGAGGAGGUGCUCUUGGUGAGCAGUAGUCGCCAUCCAGACAGAUGGAUUGUCCCAGGAGGUGGCAUGGAACCCGAGGAGGAGCCCAACGUGGCUGCUGUGCGGGAAGUCUGUGAAGAGGUAUGUACCCAACAAGAACAGAACACCUGGAAUCACUCUAUGGCUGGAGUGAAAGGGACAUUAGGAAGAUUAGUAGGAAUUUUUGAGAAUCGGGACAGGAAACACAGAACAUAUGUUUAUGCACUUAUUGUCACAGACGUGUUGGAAGACUGGGAGGACUCUGUCAAUAUUGGAAGGAAAAGGGAAUGGUUUAAGAUAGAAGAUGCUAAAGAAGUUCUGAAGUCCCACAAACCAGUGCAGGCCUCAUACUUUGAAACCUUGAGACAAGGCUGUUUGGCAAACAACGGCACUCCUGUCAUGACCGCUUCAUACACUGACUCUAACGAGAGCUCUGUCUCUGACAUCAGAUGACUGAAGACGUCCCUAUAAAAGAGAGUUUUGGAAAAUAGACUGAAACAUGGAUUUCCCCCCUCCUCCCUCUCCCACCCCCUUUCACAUGCUUCCUCUGUCGAACAAGGCAUGGGCAGCGGCCUGUGGCAAAGCAAGUGUUAAGAGUGUUGCAGUUUAGUGCAAGGUGGGGUUUUUUGCUUUUUUUGGAUAUGUAUUUUGUAAAAUACAUUUUGUGCAUGAAGUGCCCCUUUCCCUUUACACCGCUACCCUGGCCUGGAGAGCGACGCUGCUCGUUUUGCCUCUGCCUUGUGUUCUGACGUGUUCCCAUAUGUGUCAUCCCAGCCAUAGCCAGACAUUUUUCUUUUUUUAAUUAAAGACUGCAAAUGUGAGAUCAAUUCUUUAAGUCUUAGUCUGUACUGUAAGGUGCUGUUCAGACCUGUGGUGGUCACUUUCAGCGCAUAUGUAUAAACAAUUUUUUUAGAUGGAGGAAUCUAACUUUUUAAUUUUGCGGGAAUUUUUUAAAACCUGGGCUACUUGUGAAAAGAGGGUUUCAUAAUUAAUCCGUUUGCCUUGUUUUUUUAAAUACAAAAAUUUUUGUGACCAUGCUAGUGGCUGGGCCAGUUUACUCCCCCCAUAAGCCCCUGAAACUUAGUGCAGUGACAUUUUAAGGUCAGAGCAAAGUUUUGAUCACCUUCAGACAUCCCUGGUGCUCAGUUCCUUCUCCUAUAGAUUCAGCCAACAUUUCUGCUUUUAUAUUAGAAUGAAACGCAAAGAAUUGUCUUUACCGCCCAGCCAAAAGCAAACAGCCUCAGAAACACUAUGAUAGAAACUGAAUUUUGGCCUCAAUGGUAGGAAUCAGGGAUUCAAAGUGGGGUUAAAAUCUAACCAGCUGGAGCUUCAAGCACCAAUGCUGCCCUGCUAUUUUGGAAUUCUUUCCCACUUGCUGCAUAUUGCUGAUGUCUCUUCUUGUCCACAUGCCUUACACUGUGCUCAAAUGGGUAUUGUAAUUUGUGCUAAAGCAUCGGAUUGUACUUCGAGUGUCAUUGCACAAACCUGUGGGGGAUGUCCCUGAAAAGAAGUCUUGGGGGGGGGGGGAAAUCAGGUGUUGAAUCUCUUGUAUGUGUCAUUGCAGCACUUACAAUUGCACCACAGAGCAUACUCAGAAUGUUAAAACUAUCAUCCUCUGUGACAAAGGUACAGCUGGCUCCCAAGCAGAAAUGCUAGUGUGGAGAAGAAGUACAUCAUUUAAUAGGAUAGUUGCCCUGAUGCAUUGGCACAAUUCAUGUUUUUUUUGUUUGUUUGUUUUUUACUGAUGUAAGUUUCAUGCUGUCUUGAUUUGCCAACAGUGUUGUCUAGUUGGGAAAUAAAAUGGAAAGGGUUGGGGCUGGAGGGUGGGAGGGUAGGGGAAGGUUUGGGAGGGGCAUUAGUUAAUCCCUGGCUUGGGACAGGAGCUAGUUGCUGCAUUUGGUAACUUCUCCUUUGUCAGAGCAUAGCCAAGAUGUGAAAUUAAAUCUGCAGUACUCUUCCUUAUAUUUAACAGAAAUUAUUUUAAUAAAUACUCAUACUUUUCAAGAGCAUUCUUUCUUCCCAUUAAGCACUUACAAUAUAAAAUUCUGAUAGACCUAUCAAUGGAGCAGGGGUAAUGGGAAUUGGUAUUUUCACUACUUUGGCAAGAGGCUGUUCAAUUUGAGAUCCCAUUCUGUUCCUUUACUUGUUCUCCCUACUUUCAUCAGUAUGGGAUAGCAAGGCCAAAAGCAGUGCCAGUGAUCACCAACAUGAAAAGGCACACAAGAAAAGGCUGAGGGGCAUUAUUCAAGAAGUAGUUUGAAACUGAGCAUCUGGAAUUCAGCCUAAAUUACACCAGUUCUGUUCACUUCAACUUAGAAACAAAUGUACAGUCCCUUCUUAGUUUUUGUUGAUCAGCCUGAACAUAACUCUAAAAAGGGCUUGAAUAGUAUAUCCAGAAAUGGACAAGAAAGUAAGAAUCCUCUCUUUCUGAGCCGUUAGCGGCGCCUAACAACACAGCCAUCUACUGCCUUCAGUUGAGUUUUUGUCCUUCACUGUAUAGAUUAAUGCAUUACAAAUGCUUUGCAAAAAAGCAGCUGGUACUCCUGAAAGAGUAACUGCAGUUUUAAUAUCAAUAGCAUGCACAUUUUUGUUUCCUUAAAUCUAAAAAUGUUUUUAUAGGGCUGUUAAACUGACACUUUAGGGUAGAAUAUUGUUAAUAACUUGCUAGUGGCUUCUUUGUUUGGGUCAGAAAAAUAAAUUGUGCCAAGAAAGUAUUUUAAUGUGGCAUGAAUUGAUGCUGUUAAUGCAAUUCCAUUGAAUGGCUGGUGUUAUGCCUUAUUAACUGGAAAUAGAAAAUUGAGCUCCUGGGGUGGAAGUAGUCUUUAUUCAAAAGCUGUGUACUUAAAACAAGCCUUGUUCCUGACUUACAUAAAUCUUUCUCCCUUACCACCACCUAGAGUUCGCAUCUUCCCAAUGUCUGAGGUUCUUCUGUAACAAUUCGUAUAGCCAUGUGGUAUAUUAGCGUAAGUAAUCUUGUCCAAAAUGAUACUAAAUUGAUUUGGGACUCAUACUUGAGUUACCUUUCAUAUGCAAACACAUCAGGAUUUUAAGAUGGGGGCUCUGGCAGCUGUUGGCAGCAUGAUGUCAGUUAAACCUCUCCAGAGCAAGUCUGACUGACCCAGUGCACAAAAUGGCUUCCGAACUAGACUAGGACUUCCAGCAUUGUUAAGACCGGUGCUUCUGAACGUGCUAGCAAGGGUGGAAAUUGUUACCUCCCAAAACAGUGUUGUGUAUUGACCCUAAAUCUAGAGCUAGGAUGUGUCUCAGAUCUUCACUUAGUCUGGGAAGUCUGGAGCUACAAAGCUGCAGCCACCACUAGGAAGGUUUUGAUGUGUUUGCUUUGGGUCAGAAUUUUCCACCUCUCAGACACCAGGGAUUCAUUAUUGUGUGUAAUAUUAGGUUUUCUUCAGCACCCCUGAAUCCAGGAUUCUAAUGAGAAUUGGAGGCCUGGAAUUCAGUGCAGUAUAGUAAAUUCACUCACCUGAUCAUUUUUCCCAAUGUUUUGCCAGCUGCACCUUUAUUCCGUACAUAUAUAAAGAGGAGAUACUGGGGUACUGGGAGGCAAGACUGCUUACAGGGGAGGAAAAGUUGCUGGAUAUUGAGAUCUUGAAAUAAUGGUUUUCCUUUUGCAUCCUACAGUAGGGCUCAGGGUUGGAGGGUGACAGUGAUGCAUGGGCAUGGAGACAUAGGGCUUGUCUACAUUAGGGAAACUUGGCAAACAUUUCCCACUGUCACGCAGACUGAUUCAGCUCCACCAAAGUUAGCAAAGUUGGGAGCCCUAAUCUAGAUGGGUUGCAAGCUGUCCACCUGCAUUUUAAGCACGUGGACCAGAUUGUCAAAAAUCCCCCUGGGAGCCUAUCUCCAUCUUCCGGCACCUCAAAAUCUAUUGAAAAGCUGGCUCCGUGUUGCUUAACCUUGCUCAGAGCAGUUUUAACUGACACCGGGCUUAAAAUGCUAGUGGCAGCCAGAGGGUCCUCUGCAUUAUGGGGCCAAACGUAACUAACCCUGGCGGAGCUGAAGUAGUGUUAGCACCAGUGUAGAAGAGGCUUGAACAGAGAAUAGCCCUUCUCUUAGAAGGAGGAAGUGUGCUUCAGGCUCUUGGAAUUCUUUCUCAAACCCUGUUUUGAUACAGUGGAACAAUGACUGCUGUGGCAUUAUUUUUGUGCUUUAGUAUCGCCAUUUAGAAAGUCUGUGAGAGUAAAAUAAAUACGGUAUCUUGGAGUCUUUGGAAUUAGUUAUUGUAAAUCUUUUUUGGCUUUAACCUUUAGUUAAUUAACUCAUAUUAGGGCUUUUUAAAAAGAAAAAAGUCCAUCUUAGCAGUAAACAAAACUGCAUCAUCCUUGUAUAAAGUGAUUAGCUUGAUUUUGCCCUCCCCCCUCCCCCGCAAUGUUUUUUGUUUUAAAUAUAGGGCAGCCUCUCAUUAUUUCUAUAUAUGUUUCUUACACACUUAGCCAUAAUUUUUAUUUUUUCCCUAUUAAUCUAUAUGCCAUUAUGGCUAGCAAUUUCUCAUCUUAUUUCUUCCCCUUCCCCCCAAUCUCCAUUCCCAAAAAUAUAUUGUCCUUGGCCAUUUUUACUUCUGAAAUAAAUUUGCCAACCACAAUGGUGAAUGCCACAGCAAUAUGUCCUCUCAGUAGCGUUCUGGUUAUUUCAAACCUGACACAGGGCAGAUUUAGAAUGUGAUCCCUAGAGAAAACAGUUACCUAUGUGUUUAGGAUUUUUUUUUUUUUGGUAUUUUUUAAUCAGGGUAGAAAGUGUAAAUGCUUUUCCUACAUCUGCCACUGAGCCUGUUUUAAAAGCCUUCUGAAAGUCAACCACUGAAGCACACGGGAAGUUAGCGCUCCUACACUAGUCAAAAUUCAAGGAAAUCAUGGGUUGCAAUGACUACGGAGUUACUGCUGAUGGUAAAAACACUAAAUGUUUUACUGGGAGGUAACUGAUUUUAAAAAGAAAAAUGCAGCAACGCUCUCCCUCCUCGCUUGGUUUUGGCCAUCUGUCAAACAUAAAUGUCCCCAAGCCAUACUGUUGUUCAGUCAUGGGGGGGAAAACAUGUGGCGAGCUAUAUACCAGCUUUCCACGAGGGGUAAUACUCUGUGCUCAGGCCUUUCUGUAAUAAAGUAUCUUCUGUGUGGUUUCCCUUAUCUCAUCAUGGCAGACUUUAUUAGGAUGUCUUGCCCCAUGCCUGUGAGAGGUUUCAGUUCGGCUGUGCGAGCUUCAUAGUUUGGGGCACUGGAUUGUUGCUAGCUUGCGGAGCAAGCAUGUUCACAUUUGGGUCUCCUUUGUGACAGUGUGGGGCGGGGAAAGUGUCUUUGAGGGAUGAUAUUCUUGUGAAUAAUUAGACUUGAAACGCCGACAUUAGAACAGUUUACCCCUAGCAAUGCCAGAAUACUGAUGCUUUCCUUCAGGCAGUAUUUUCCCAGGUGCAAGCUUUAGUUUGAUUUGGCUGCUGUGAUGGUCUACUUGAAACCAGCAGGUAUUUGUGCAUCAGGAUAAUAGAAUAAAAAUGGUUGAGCUGCUGGAAAAAUCAGUUCAACACAUUAGUUCUUCUAAAGAUUAAAACGUGGAGGGGAAGGGGAAUCUACCUGCCAGAUUAAAAAGUGUUCUCAUUGGAGCCUCUGGUGUAGAUUUAAUGGUUUUCUCUUCCCUUUUGUUCCCUUGUUCACAUUAUCUGCAUUUGGAUUAGAAGUGCCCUACGCAAAUUAUUGUACAUACUUAUAAGUACCUUUGGAAGACGCAUGUUAUGAUGAAACUGAAGAUCUUUGCAUCUCAAGCCCCAGCAAGUGGUAUGUUUUCCUUGGAAACAGGAAGAGGAGAAUUAAUUGAUUUUUUGGGGGGGCUGAUGAUCCUGCAAACUGGCAGGUGGUGUUGCCAAGAAUAAAGCUAAGUAUCUUCUGAUCUCCCCACAAAGAUGGAUUUUUUUGUUUUGUUUUGUUUUAGACCCAUGGCUUACUGGAGAUGUGCAAAAUCCAGUAUUUUACACAGCAGGGGGAUGAGGGGAGAGUUCAUGCUUUUUUCAUCUUGCUUUAUGGUAGCUUUGUAUAGAGGAACUACUUCCUAUCAUCACUGGAAAAACUUUUAUUCCUGUUCUUGUCACAUUACAUACCAUCUAGCAACUGAAGCCCAAAAUACUGCCUCUGAGACCACAGUACCCUUGCUGCUUUCUUCCGUGUUGGAAGAUCUUAGGAAAUAUGAGUGUUUGGUGUGUGUAUCUCUAAGUGUAUUGUGUGACAAAACCUUGACUUGAUUAAAAUCUACUUUGUAAAGUAAAAA